AUUAACAAUGUUUUUAAUUUGUAUUGUUGAUAUUAAUUAAUUGUUUGAAUAUAAUGGUUACCGAGAGAUGGAAAAGUUUUUAAUUAUAUCAACACAUCAAUCAAAGGUUAUCCUUUUGAUAGUUUAUUAAGCAUAACUGAUAAUUACCGAAUCAGUUAAAUUGACAGUUAACGGAUAAAGUCACAGUUAAUCAGGAAUUAACAAAGACAAUAAUGAAAAUUAUAAUCAAGUUAAUUGUUUGCCUCUCAAUUGCUGAAUCAUUUAUUUCAGCAGCUCCAACAACAAGUGAAAAAGAUUGUGUUUGUGGGAGUGAAGUGAUUAAAUCGAGGAUCCGAAAUGGACACAAAGUCAAAGGUAACAAAUACCCUUGGAUGGUUCAACUCAAAUCGUAUACUGAUCGAGAUGAAAGUGAAUACUUUCAAUGUGGUGGCACAUUGAUUGACAAUCAACACAUAAUUACCGCCGCUCAUUGUUUUGAAAAAGAUGAUGGAUCUUUCCUUGAAGCUAAGGAUGUUGAUGUUUACAUGGGGACCAAGAACUUUAUUGAAGAAGAUGAAGAUGAAGCUUAUUCAGUUGAGAAGCUCUGGAUUGACCCUAAAUAUGACGGUGACUCCUUGGGUAAUGAUUUCGCCAUUAUAACUCUGGCGGAAAAAGUUGAUUUCACUCGGCACAUUGGACCGAUUUGUUUACCCACGACAGACGAAGGAGCCGAUCAGUUUACCAUUGCUGGUUGGGGCAAGACAAGUUCAGGUAAAAAUGCUCAUUCUGCUACUAGAUUGAUGGAGGCUGUGGUCAAUUUAGUUCCAAGGGAUGAAUGUGAACAAUUGGCACUUAAUUGGUUGGAAAAAACUGAGCCCGAUGCGGUGAAAUCACCUGAUUUCAAUGUAACCGAGUUAAUUGCUGAAACUCAUUUGUGUGCAAGAAAUAUAAUCACUGGUAGCGAUACUUGUGCUGGUGAUUCUGGUGGACCAUUGAUGUAUCUUGGACAAGAUGACCGUUGGUUCCUGAUGGGAGUUGUUUCUGGUUCAUGGGUUGAUUGUGGUGUUGAUAAAAAUGGUGCAUCAUUUUACACUAAAUUAAACUAUUAUGAAGAAACAAUCAAGUCUCAAGCUCCAUCAGCUUGUUGGCGAGAUAUUUUCAAUGUUGAUGCUAGUAUCGAUCUUCGAACAAGUUUGGGUGAAACUCGCGAUAAGCUGGGUAAUUUACUCAAAAGUCCACGGGAGGAUGCAAACACGAAGUUUGUUGGAGAAGUAACUGCGCUCGUAGGUAAUCUGUCUCAGGCAAACCCAUAUAAUAAAAUUUCUGGCAGCCAUGCCGUUCAAGGCGGUAUUCAAGUAAAUGCUUCAGCUACUAUUUCUCCCAAUAACAGUGAUCCAUUGUUAUCCGUUAUCCAUAACAGCCAACUUUCAUAUGAUCGAGGUGCUGGAUAUGUUGUUGGUCGCGAUGAUCACGAAGGAGCCGAUCAGUUUACCAUUGCUGGUUGGGGCAAGACAAGUUCAGGUAAAAAUGCUCAUUCUGCUACUAGAUUGAUGGAGGCUGUGGUCAAUUUAGUUCCAAGGGAUGAAUGUGAACAAUUGGCACUUAAUUGGUUGGAAAAAACUGAGCCCGAUGCGGUGAAAUCACCUGAUUUCAAUGUAACCGAGUUAAUUGCUGAAACUCAUUUGUGUGCAAGAAAUAUAAUCACUGGUAGCGAUACUUGUGCUGGUGAUUCUGGUGGACCAUUGAUGUAUCUUGGACAAGAUGACCGUUGGUUCCUGAUGGGAGUUGUUUCUGGUUCAUGGGUUGAUUGUGGAGUUGAUAAAAAUGGUGCAUCAUUUUACACUAAAUUAAACUAUUAUGAAGAAACAAUCAAGUCUCAAGCUCCAUCAGCUUGUUGGCGAGAUAUUUGAUUGUCACUUAAAUUGUAUAUGCUUUCAAUAAAUAUAUUUAAACUAAUA